AUGGCAACAAAUCCCGAUCACCAUCGGGAAAUCGAUGACAACCAAGCCGACCACACAAGCACAGGCACCGCCAGACCAACAGCGGAGGCCGAAGAACCGACAUCCCGCACGAGUAUCACGCUAUCCAGGCAAUUGAAUCAAGAAUGCAACGAUCUACUAUCUGAAAUCGAUGCCUAUUCAGCCCUUGUGGCAUCCACACUCCGCAAUCCGCAAAUGGUGGAGGUGCGCCAAUUCCGCACGAAUGUGAAUGCCGAAUCAAAAAUUCUCCAGAAAAUGGCCAAGCAAAUUGAAGCAGCCGUUGAGGCUGAUCCAAGCUCGGCUGACCCAGACGCCGAGAUGCGCCUGGUGCAUGCCUUGCGGUCGUCGAAUUUGCCGUUUUAUCAGGUUGUUUGGAGGAUUGCGAAGGAUUCUUGUACUGGCCUGGUUGCUCUUGGGAGGAGAUUCUACUGGGAUGGUGAAUCAAAAGCGACUGUGCGCGAGAACAUGAAGAAGGCUGGCUCGCAACCUGAGAAACCACCCAAUAAGGACAAACGCAAGAGUGCUUUUGUUGAUAUCGUUGCGGAUGACGGACAGGAGUGGGUCAAGGUCUCGACGGUUUCGGAAAAUCGGCUGCUAUUUGAAAUGGCAGAGAAAGGAUGGGAGUGUGAUAGUGAUAGCGAAGAGGAGUGGUCCGAGGAUGGAAAAGGGCGGACGGUGCUACAGCAUUCGGACGACGAUGAAGAUGACGACGAGAUGGAUCUUAUCAAACUCGCUCGAGACCUGAGGAGGGCUGCCAAUGCUACGCGAGUAAGGUACGGGCACCCUCGGCUACGUGUUGUGAUACCCAAAAUCGAGGAAGGAAGUGUUCCUUCGAUUGAUUCUAUCCUGACAGAAAUGCGUCGCUAUGGGGUUCAGGUUGAGUGCCAGGAUCGUUUGCCAGAGAGCAUUGGUACUGGACUGACUCAUCUCCUACCUCAACCCUUCAAGAAUUUCACAUCAACCUUGAAUGUCGACUGUACAAUUCUGCUAGCCUUGGUGUCCGACCUGUCGCACAUCAAAGACAUUGUCCCAACCUUCAAGCUCCAUCCGGCCAUCCUUCGACAGAUCGAGGUUGAAAAAGAAAAACCACUGUUGCCUUCCGAGCUCUGGCCUGCCAUGAGUGACCGCGAACUCGUUACCACUUCAGAGGCUGCGGUUCGCUUUAAGGAAAUUGUCGAGACAAUUGGCACAGACACAGAGAAAAGUCGCACUCGAUUGCUCCUGGGAGAACAGCCUUAUGAUAAUCUCAAUCGCGAGGUUAUUUUGCAAAAGUUCCAGGAACUGUCCGACUACCAAGUGCCUGCAGGGUGGAAACUUCCUAUCAAAGUGAUCAAUGCCCAACCAGUGAUCGAAGCAGCCAAAGAAAAAGACGAACUCAAUGCUGUGGUUCAUGAAGUUGCGAAGACUUUGUCGGACAUAAACAAUAGUGUGUUCUUGUAUGGUUGGGUCACGGGGUUGACGACAAUCUCAAGCAAUCGCACCAUUGAUAAACAGAUCGAGGCAACGGUCGAGGCCAACAGACAAGAUGACGAUGACUUGAAAGGCCCAGAUGUGUGGAUCUGCGACACAGCGCGAAGUUUGGUGGGGAAAGAUAGAGAUAGAAAAACAUAA